CUCAUUGUUCUAGCAGCGAUUUCUAUCUGUUUUUUCAUUGCAUCACGUGCCAAGAUGGCUGCCAUUUCAGAUGAACAUUUUUCUUCCUUGCAAAUUCUUUUAAAGGCUCCAUCAAAGGAUGCGGUGCGGCAGCUGUGUGCUGACAGUUUCCCUUCUGGAGCCCCCGAGUCACGGCGGCUCGCGGAAAGCACAGCAGGGACCCUGUCUGUAUCUGCCAUCGAGGCAAAGGAGCUUGUCGCAGCCCUGCACACCCUUUCUCACCACAUCCUAUUCCAUAACCUGACAGCGCCCGAGCAGAUCCUUGUACUAUUCCCCAAGUCAUUCCACCCCAGCCUCAAGAACCUCAUUACCAAGAUUCUGCUUGAGCACAGUCCCACAUGGAGAAAUGAGGCUCUGUGUAAUCAAAUUUCGCUGCCCCAUCUAGUGGAGAUGGACUGGAGAGUGGACAUGAAGACAGCAUCUGACUCGGUCAGUCGCAUGGCUGUGCCCACCUGCCUGGUGCACAUGAAGGUGGAGGACUCCAGCUGUCUAGGGGGCAGUGGCGCUCUCUCAUCUGUCACGGUGGAGUUGAGCAAGGAGACUCUGGACACCAUGCUGGACGGCCUGGGCCGGAUCCGUGACCAAUUGUCAGUGGUGGCCGGAAAAUGAGACCUUCACCAGAAUGGCCACAACUGAGGCCUUGGGUGCAUAAUUCUCGAUACUCUAAAGUGACUUCCACUGCUCUCAUUUAUCUGCACAAAUAUGAAAACAGAGAAAUCAAUGAUGGGUGCCCAUUUUCUACUAAUCAACAUAAGUCUCUGAAAUGUAAACACUUGAUAAAGUGGCUCACGCGACUUCAGUGAUACACUGCCAGGGUAUCAGCCACAAAAGUCUCACGUCAGUGCCAUUUUAAGGAAAGGGGGAAAGAAGAGGAAGCAAUUUUAGACAUUGGCUAAAAGAUGGAAGAGAAAAGACUCACUCCUCCAGUCCCGGGGGUGAACAUCAAGUGCACACACACACACACCCAUCAUUAGCACUGAUCUGGAGUGCCACUACAUUACUCAUUGGCCUAUAAUGUUCUGUCAGUAGAGUCAAAAGGGUAUUUUGUAUUCAAUGUUUGUCAAGAAAUUAAUGCUGAAGUUUGCCCAAGGUAUUGCACAGAGCAGGAUUCCAUGUAUCAAAUGUAUUUUAGUCUGACCGCAAACAAACAAAUGAUGGUUUAUCUUCACUCAAAUACAAAAUUGCUUCCAAGUGGUAUGUUAAUGCCUCAUUUCCCUUACAAUUUUGUUAUACACUGCAAAUACAUCAAGGCAGACUACAAGCUCUUAUUACAGAUUUUCUUGUUUCCAGGAGGCCCCUAUAUUCAACGUGCAACUCGGGAUAAUCUUUCACUAAGACUUCUAUAAAUUAAUAUUCCAUAUCUCAUACAAUUACAAUAAAACCUCACAAAAAUCAAUAUACCAUAUUAAACAUUUUGAUCAAG